UGGUCCGUGACCUUCACUGCAGUUCUGGUUUUCCUUGCAGCACCACCGCCUCCCACGCCGCACCCUACCCCUGCUUACUACCAUGUCGUCUACAGGGGAAAUGGAGAGAGCCAGAUGCGCUGGCAUGGGGAGACUUACUGCCUGGUUGGUGGCUACCGGGCCUAUGGGGACGCUCCCAUUGCCACCCCUGCAAAGGCCAAGGAAGAGGAGCCAGCACCCAGGCAGGCUUCCAAGAGACGUCGAGCUCAGGAAGAGUCCCACAAAGAUGGAGGGUGCCCAAGCCCCAAAAUUCCUCGCCUGAGGCGUGGCAGCAAGAGGCGCGCCCAGAGAAGCUUGCUGGUUGGGCAUCUCGGUGGCGAGGACAAGCCUCGAGCUGCUGAGACCGCUCAGGCCCCUUCAGCACUGACCACUGCCCCUCUGGGAGACGACCUGUUCUGCCUGAGCCUUCUUCAUCCGGGAGCCAUAGUCACGUCCCCUGGCCAGGAGCAAGGAGCCUCCGAGGCGCAGUUGGAAAGGAGCAGCUGCCCUGACCAUCCCACCCUCUGCUCGGUCCUCUCCAGCCCCUUCGUGGGCAGAAGAAAGAACAGCCUGCCUUGUGCCAGCCGAGGAGGAGCCCAGCGCAGAGGGAGGAUUCGGAGAGACCUAACCGGGGCCUCUGUACCCAUGGGCUUCGGCUCUGAAUCUCCGCCAGCAUCCACCAGUACAAGCAGGAGUGGCUGGGCUUCCGGAAACUGGACAAAUGAACAGUAUCUGUCUAGAGAGACUCCUGCCUAA